CUGGACAGGAUGCGACCAAGCCCAAAAUUACCACAUCCAAACCUUGGAAAUCCAAGAAGAAGGCAAUGGUGGUGAACCCUACGAGAAAACCCACUAGCAAGAUCAUACAGGUCACCGAGCAGAACGAGAAGCCAAAGCGCAGGGUGUCUUGGGAUCCCGAUCAAGAGCAUCGCUCGGAGGACCUCUACCGUAGUCCUGCUUUCUACCACCGGAAAUCUACCUGGUAUAAGCCGGGUCCUCAUGCCACUCGAAGUAUGGAAGGAUACCAAAACACUAGCUUCCAGAAGGAUCCCACCUACUUCAGCCGUGAAGAAAUAGAGGCUCGAAAGGAAGCAGAGAAGCGUUCAGCUUUGACAAGUACAGAUGAUUCAAAUUCCGAGGGGCCAAUCGAUGAUCUCCUGGACCAGGAAGACGACGACGGUGAGUUGGAAGCGACUACAGCUCAGAUGGAUAGUGCCACUCUUGAAGAUCCCGAACUUAGAGAGGCCAACAUGACGCUAGAACAGCUGAAAGCCGACUUGAAACGGUUGGAAGAGAAGUUCGGGCCCAGACCGGAGAAUUUGGCGGAGAAAACACACGGAAGGUGCCAGGAGGAGGACUCAGAAAGCCGAAAACAUGCUCCGACCCCUUUGACUAUGGAAGCACUGGCCGAGCUCAACGGGAACAAGAAAGGACUGAUAUCCCGAUGUAGAGACGACGACCUAGAUACUCAGUGCGGCUCGGAUAGCUCUCACGACUCGGACAGCGACCGCGACUCGGAUGAGGACUUGGACCGAACGUUAUUGGAUAUAAAAGAGAGCGUUGAAUCUCCCCAUGACGAAUCAGACCCGGAUAUAUACGGCGAUAUCGUCUCACACCUGCGACAACGAAGCGACGACGAUCCUCUUGUUGACAUCGAAAAUGAGACUAGCUACUCGGAACCUUACAAAUACAAUUGGAGGGUCCCAUCCGUAACGCCACGAAGGGCGUCCUCCCCUCCUCGAGAUCUACCUAGGGGAGGCGACCUGGAGGCACUCCACAACACGACUCCGAUCCAUAACCUGAACCCUAGAGCGCCGUCGUUCUAUCCCAAUUACCAACGCGCGAACACCUUCAGCAGUAUGAAUGCGUUCGACUACAAUUAUUGCAACCUUAGGCACUUUUAGGUGAAAGACUAUCAAUAUCUCGUUCUAUGCGGUCAAAAUCUGACGGCCAACUGUGGUCAUUGGCCUCGCGCUCUCAGCAUGUCGUCACGACGCAACGGAUGACGAGCAAAUCUUAUGUCUUCGGUUGAUUGCUUAGCUUCUUUGGUAUAUGCUACCAUAGGUUAGUAUGUAGUAAUGGAAGCGUCUUGAAUCUGAGCUUCGGGAAUAGGAUCCUGGUUCAUCUCAAGCAGAGCCCUGGGGGCUUCUGCAGUAGUUAGCAUUUCUUUAAGGAACAUGUUUGAAUCGAACAUGGCUGUAUACUACAUACCCUAAAUGCAGCUCACUCUACUACAAUG